AUGUCCGAACACGUCGUCACGCAAUACAUCUCGCCUUCGUGAGCACAGCUGGACCUUCAGUUCAUGGUGUGAAUCCUAUGCUUCCCAGAAGACUGGCUAUACUUACCAAGUAUCUCUUCGGCGUACAGCGCGUGGGCCCUGAUUGAAGACAAAUUCUCGUCGUUCGCCAAAGACACGCUGGCCAAGGUCUGCAAGUUUGUCGAGGUCAGUUCGUUGGCGAAUCCUCGCCCUCGUUGGGGCAGAAUAUAUCCAGGUGGGAAUUUGUUCUGACCAUCAAACAUUUGCCUGGCCCAUCUCUACAGGAGGACUGCAUCCCCGCCGAAGCCGUCUUCCAUGCCCAGGUCGCGACGGACCCGGCCAAGAGGUGGAAGACCUACCCCGCCGUCAUGGAGCAGCUCAAGACCAAGGCCCGCUCCAUGGGCCUGUGGAACUUGUUCUUGUCCAAGGAGCACUACCCCGAUGUCGGAGUCCCUUUGACCAACCUCGAGUAUGCCGUCAUGGCCGAGAUCAUGGGCCGAGUGAGUCCCCACCUCCGCCCGGAUCGUGACACGCGGUCAAUCCCCCAAUGGAUCAACGAAACUAACGCGUGCUUUGCUGUUCUAGGCUCCUCGUGUUGCUCCCGAAGCGUGCAACUGCGCCGCCCCCGAUACCGGUAACAUGGGUACGUUUCGAUUGUCAAAGGCAGAGUGGGGGCGCGGUCGACCGCUCGCUGCUUCGCCACACCCGCCUCAUCUGGUUGCCACCCGCAAUCCCAUACAAUUGGCCACUGACAACCGACCGGAUUGUUGUUUUGGGUUAAAAUAGAGGUCUUGGCUCGAUAUGGAUCGCAAGCCCAAAAGGACAAGUGGCUCAAGCCUCUCCUCGACGGCAAGACCCGCUCCUCGUUCGCCAUGACCGAAGUCGGAGUCGCCUCGUCCGAGUGAGUGCAUCAUCCUGAGACGCGUGAGAGGAACAGGGCCAUCAUUUUCUGACACGGCUCUGUGCUUCCCCAGCGCUACCAACAUCCGAACCUCCAUUCGCCAGGAAGGCAAUGAGAUCGUCAUCAACGGUCACAAGUGGUGGAUCUCGGGUGCCGGUGAUCCCCGCAACGCCCUCCACCUCGUCAUGGGCAAGAGUGAUACUUCCGCUUCCAAGCAUCAGCAACAAUCGAUCGUCAUUGUGCCGUCCAACGCCAAGGGUGUCAAGCUCGUCCGCCCCAUGCAAGUGGUAAGUUCGUGAAAGUUCGUGACGGGGACGGACCGCAAGACGUGCCCCUUUAUGAAUUGUCAAGAUAUGCUCAUACACCCUUCUUUCUCAUUCUCUCACGAUUAUUAGUUCGGCUACGACGAUGCUCCGGAGGGUCAUUACGAGAUCAUCUACGAGAACGUCCGGGUUCCCCUCGACAACCUCGUCCUCGGGUGGGGACGUGGAUUCGAGAUUAUCCAAGGUCGUCUCGGUCCCGGUCGCAUUCAUCACUGGUAAGUGCUCAUCUUCGGCUCUGGGUAAGAUAGCUUCAAUACUGACUGUGUAAUGUUCCUUUCCGCUCCUUCCAGCAUGCGCUCCAUUGGUAUCGCUUCUCGUGCCCUUGAGGCUAUGCUGAUCCGAGCUACCGACCCCGCCAAGGUCGCCUUCGGCAAGCAGUUGUACCAACACGGCACCGUCGUCGCCGGUAUCGCUCAAUCGCGCAUGGAGAUCGAUCAGGCCCGUUUGCUCGUCCUUUCCGCCGCUUUGCAGAUCGACCGAGUCCGAGCCAAGGGUGCGAUGAAGGACAUUGGUAUGGCCAAGGCCGUUGUGCCGAUCGUCGUCGGUCAAGUCAUUGACCGAGCGAUGCAAGUUCAUGGUGCCGAGGGUAUCUGCCGUACGUCAAUAAUAACUCGUUACUAUGAUGGGAUCCACUGCAGUAGUGCUAACAACCCCUUUUGACGGUGCUUUGUUCUUGCAGAGGACACUCCUCUGGCUGCUCUUUGGGCUGCCGUGCGCACCCUGCGCUUCGCCGAUGGUCCCGAUGAAGUGCACAUCCAGCAAAUCGGUCUCCAGGAGCUCAAGCGCGCUCCCGGGCUCCAUGCCCUCAAUCAGAAGAAGAAGGACCGCGAGGCGAAGCUCUUCAAGGCCGCUGGGAUCAAGUCGAGCCACCUUUAA